GCUUUACUGAGCUCUGCGUGUCGCACUACGGAAGGUUUUCGAUGUUGCGCCUAUGUGCAGCUUAACUAGUUUUGUUGUGAUAUCCACUUCUUUAAAAACGAUUCAUACAUUUUUAGUGUUCAUAUCUACCUCAAUUUUUUUGCGACAUGGCAGGAAACUUCUGGCAGAGCUCGCACUAUUUGCAGUGGGUGCUGGAUAAACAGGACCUGAUGAAAGAGCGUCAGAAGGAUUUAAAAUUCCUGACAGAAGAGGAGUACUGGAAGCUGCAGAUCUUCUUUUCCAACGUGAUUCAGGCGCUCGGUGAACACCUGAAGCUGCGGCAGCAGGUCAUUGCCACAGCAACUGUUUACUUCAAACGCUUUUACGCCAGAUAUUCCCUUAAAAGUAUAGACCCAGUGCUAAUGGCACCUACUUGUGUAUUCCUGGCUUCUAAGGUUGAGGAAUUUGGAGUUGUGUCUAAUACUAGGCUGAUUUCCGCAGCGACCUCUGUGUUAAAAACCAGGUUUUCCUACGCCUUCCCGAAGGAAUUUCCAUACAGAAUGAAUCAUAUUUUGGAAUGUGAGUUCUACUUGCUGGAGUUAAUGGACUGCUGCCUGAUUGUGUACCACCCUUACAGACCACUCCUGCAGUAUGUGCAGGAUAUGGGUCAGGAGGACAUGCUACUUCCCUUGGCCUGGCGAAUAGUGAAUGACACAUACAGAACAGACCUCUGUCUGCUCUAUCCUCCCUUCAUGAUUGCCCUGGCCUGUUUGCAUGUUGCCUGCGUGGUCCAGCAGAAAGAUGCCAGGCAGUGGUUUGCUGAGCUCUCUGUGGACAUGGACAAAAUCCUGGAGAUCAUACGUGUGAUUCUAAAACUGUACGACCAGUGGAAGAACUUUGACGACAGAAAAGAAAUAGCUGCUGUGCUCAACAAGAUGCCUAAACCCAAACCACCUCCCAACAGUGAGAGUGACCAGAGCUCCAAUGGGAACCAAAGCAACUCUUACAGCCAGUCUUAAGGGAACUUCUGCAUUCCAUUCCAUGGCAACCAGUAAUAUUGAUGGAUUUUUUAUUCUCAUGGCACAAACUUUGCAACAAUGGCCACCAGAGAUGUCUUCUUAUCUGUGACCAACAUCACACACUGACACAGAGACUCGUCUUCACUUUCCACCUCACUGAUCGAUGCUAGUUCAUGGAUUGGACAAAACAGCUGAUGGAAAAACAAGCAGUGCACAGCCAAUCUGCAACAGCGGCACUCUCUCCUGCUGUAGACUAGUAAUCGACUCAGGCCUCAGCCUAGAUGUAAGGGUGAAGAGAUGUUAAAAACUCUGUGGAGUAGAAACAAGUCAUUGUGACGAUCCUGAUACCCUUGAACUUCCCAGAAGAGUAAGACAGUAAAUAUAGAGCUCCCUGGGAUUUAAAGAAGAAAAUAAAAAAAAAAGCCUUGAUCACAAGUACUGUGUAUGCACAUGUGUGUGUGUUUGUGUGUACAGUCUGUAUGGAUUUGUUUUCCUCAGGGACUAUGGUACAGUAGUCUUCUCUGUAAAAAACAAAACAAAAAGAAAAAUCAGAUCCUGUGCUGGAUUGGAUAUCACCCAGUGCAACUGUGCUGUGGUUGGACACCCCUGCUCUGUUUUGGUUAAUGAUGAAAUCUUGUGAGGGGAAAGUCCCACAAGAGGCUCCUCUCGUAAAUAAGAAAGAAUUUUUCUUUUUUCAGUUUUAAUUAUUACAACUUUUUUCUCUCGAUUUUGUAAAUACUCCCGUUAUUCAUGUAUAAUCUGUGUUUUCGUUUCUAUUAAAGAAAAUUUAAAUCUUU